AUGCCAUCAUCUUCAGAUACUGGAGUAUCGGACACCUUGGAUCCCAUAGUGAUCAUGUCGGACGACGAGAUCCCAUCAGAGAGUGAGCCGUUUGCUCUUCCCGAUUUUGGAGAUGAUAUUCCUAUCGCUGAUGGCCCUUUCGGUGGGUACCUACCUCCUCUUCAGGUCCCUGCUCCUCUACCGCUUGCCGCAGUUCCUCUCGAGGAUCUGCCUCUUGAUGAGUUCGUCGAUGAUGACAACUUGUUCCUAGAGGGUCCCCCAGAGGGUGACCAAGAUGGAGUGGCCCUCAUGGAUGCCGAUGUCCCUUUUGCUGAUGAACCUGUUGUCGAUCCUGUCGUUCCCUUGGCUGAGAUUCCUGCUGAUGUGCCCAUUGCUGAUCCUGUCAUUCCAGUCGAGGCUCCCAUCGAGGAGGCUCCUUUUGAUCUGUUUGUUGCUCACUCAUUCGAGUCUGUAGCGUCUGCUUCACCGCACGCCCAGGGCGUACAGCUCUAUUCCUCUGAUUCCGACUCGGACAUGGCGAUGUCUGUCGCACCUCUCGUUUUCCUCGAUGUUGACCCAGAGCCAGAGGUCAAGUUUUUGCCUGAUGAGCCUGCUCCUGUUGGUCCGGAGCUAGUCGUUGCUCAUGACCCCAUUGAAGCCCCAGUUGUUGCACAUUUACCAGACCCUUUGCCUGAGCCUGGUCAUGUCGAUAUGCCAGACACAGCACCACCUGUCAUUGUUGUGCCCGUCGAGUUACCACCGAUUCCUGAUGCUCCUGUUAUUGAUGCACCCAUUGUUGCACCAGUAGUACCUGUUACAGCCCCUGUGCAUGUUGACCAUGCACCGUUUGCUCCUCACAUUGAUCCUCAUUAUGCUGACACCCCACCUGUUUCCGCACCUACUGAGAUUCCAUUGUUCCACCCACACACCACUGACGUCCAUCGCACUGAUAUUCCCAUCACAUUCCUCCAGGACAUACCGCCACCUCGUCCUGGAGAGGGUUCAUCGAGGCAGCCACCUGCUUUCAUUUCUCCUGUGUCAUCAUCUUUUCCGUUCCUGUCACAGUUUCCUCAUGUUGCACCACCUGCUACACCGUCGGGUGAGCCGUUUUUGUGGACUGCACCCCAUGUUAUGCCAUUAUCUGACCCGUACCACCCAUUUCAUGUGGGGUACACUACAGAGGAUAUACUCGCGUCGCUGCAGCUACAGCAGGAUGCACUGAGUCGUCGUAUUCAGGAGUUAGAGAGAGCUCCACGUCUACCUUGUCACUGUCAGACCCCCUUUGCAGCACCACACACUCCCCGUACGCUUUCCCCUGAUUCGGAUGUUCGUUUCCUUACAUCUGAGCAGCAGAUUGCCUAUUUGUUGCGUGUCUGUCAUGCACUUGAGGAGGACUGGAUGCACAUGCGCCGCUUGCUUUUCUCUCGUUUUCCUCCUCCUCCUCCUCCACCGCCAUCAGCAUAG